CUCGCCGCGAGCCCUCGAGAGCAGCGGCCGCGGAGGAGGCGGCGGCGGCGGCACAGGCUCGGGCCAGCCGCGCGCGCAUCCCCGGGCGCCCUGCGCGGCGGAGAGCUUGGCGGGCCGCGGGAGCCCAGGACGGCCGUGGACAAAGCAAGAUGGCAGGGAUCUUAGCCUGGUUCUGGAACGAGAGGUUUUGGCUCCCGCACAAUGUCACCUGGGCGGACCUGAAGAACACGGAGGAAGCCACCUUCCCGCAGGCUGAGGACCUCUACCUCGCCUUCCCCUUGGCCUUCUGCAUGUUGAUGAUACGGCUCAUCUUCGAGAGAUUUGUAGCCAAACCAUGUGCCAUAGCCCUCAACAUUCAGGCCAAUGGACCACAAAUUGCCCAGCCAAAUGCCAUUUUGGAAAAGGUCUUCACUGCAAUUACAAAGCAUCCUGACGAGAAGAGAUUGGAGGGCCUCUCCAAGCAGCUGGACUGGGAUGUUCGCAGCAUUCAGCGCUGGUUCCGACAGAGACGCAACCAGGAGAAGCCGAGCACGCUGAAGAGGUUCUGCGAGAGCAUGUGGAAAUUUUCAUUUGCCCUUUAUAUAUUUACCUAUGGAGUCCGGUUCCUGAAAAAGACUCCCUGGCUGUGGAAUACAAGGCACUGCUGGUACAACUACCCCUAUCAGCCACUUACGCCUGAUCUUCACUACUAUUAUAUCCUGGAGCUGUCGUUUUAUUGGUCUUUAAUGUUUUCCCAGUUCACUGAUAUCAAAAGAAAGGACUUUGGUGUUAUGUUCCUGCAUCACCUUGUAUCUGUUUUCUUGCUUACCUUUUCAUAUGUCAACAACAUGGCCCGAGUAGGGACCCUGGUCCUCUGUCUCCAUGAUUCAGCUGACGCUCUUCUAGAGGCUGCCAAAAUGGCGAAUUAUGCCAAGUUUCAGAAAAUUUGUGAUCUCCUGUUUGUCAUGUUUGCCAUGGUUUUUAUCACCACACGACUGGGUAUAUUUCCUCUCUGGGUGUUAAAUACCACAUUAUUUGAAAGUUGGGAGAUUGUUGGACCUUACCCUUCCUGGUGGGUUUUUAACCUACUGCUGUUGGUAAUACAAGGCUUGAACUGCUUCUGGUCUUACUUGAUCGUAAAAAUAGCUUGCAAAGCUAUUUCAAAAGGCAAGUCUGGGAAGUGGAACCCUUUACAUGUGUCCAAGGAUGAUCGAAGCGAUAUUGAGUCUAGCUCAGAGGAGGAGGACUCGGAACCUCCAGGGAAGAACCCCCACACUGCGACCACCACCAAUGGAACCAGUGGUACCAACGGGUACCUCCUCGCUGGCCCUUGCUCCGUGGAUGAUUAAUUACUCGAAACUACACGUCCCAAACAAAGUGAACUGUGUGUUCCUGGAAGUAUUUAAUAAGUUGCAAAUGCAGUUCCUUUCAUAAUCUCAGCACCAGAAACAAAAAUUAGGAUUAUCAACGCAUUUUGAAUAGUGCACUGCCAUGUGUCCUGUCUGUGAAUGAAGAAGAAUUCCCGUUCUCUAUCCAUAGGCAUGCUCUCUGUAAUUGACACAAGGGAACAGUAUUUGCAUUUGUACUGUCUUAGAAUAGUAUUUAUUUUUUUGCAUUUGCGAAUCUGUGGACAAAGGAGGAUUUCCUCGCUCCUUUUACUCUCUGGGUUCAUGACAGUGAGGGAGACUGUCCCAUCUGCUUCUACCCCUUUCUGUUGCUGUAACCCAGUCUGCUAGGAGCACCAGCGUAACUGGUCACUUAGAGCAAGCAAAACCCAGUGCAGAAUUCUCGCACAGCUCCAAACAGGUCUGCUUUCUUUGUGUUACGGUGCCUGAUUUGAAAUGGCCCAUACAGUCUCAGUGACCUUUCUCCCGGUGUAAAGUUGAAACAGGAUGGGCUCAGUUUUGUAAUGGUCACUCCUCAUGGUCAGUCAGCUGUUCCAGUUAAGGAUGUGGGUAUUGGAGGGCUUAACACAUUUCUUUGUAUCAAAUUGCUGUGGAUUAGACUCCAUUUCUUACUCUCACAGCCAAGGUGUCUUCAGUGAGAAUGGUAGCUGCUUGGGGAUUAACUUUGUAGGUUACAGAGAAUUUUUUUAUUAUCUCUUAUGGGGUCAGUGCUCUGGCUCUGAAGGAAGACUUAAGAUCAUGGUUACAAACAAAGAAAUCACUCUUCCUACUGGGAAUUUGUCCGAUGAUCUGAGAGUAAUACAAGGAGAGCAGCAGAUUUCAACCAGGUUUUACCGCUACCCCUGUGAUUAGUGCAGUCUUCUGCCAUGUCUUGAAAAAAAGGAGCUGAGUAUAUUUUGGGACAGUAAGAGGAGACUUCCAAGAGUUGGCAAAAGUCACCUCUAAUGCAGAGCACUUUACUGCAACCAGCUUUCAAGAAAGCGCCCUAUGUAGUAUUUGAUCUUGAUGUUUUCAUUUUUCUGAGCAAAGUAAAAGCCAAUGGGAGAAGACCAUUUUACCCUUUGUCUUUUCUCCUUAAACAUAACCCAUAUCGUAACAGGAUUUCCUGUUACUAGAAACUGAGCAGUGUUACACUCUAAGUCCUUUUGUUUGCUUCUUUGAAGAACGUGUUCAGUUUCCAGGAAUGUUUGUUCAAAUGGAGCUAUUUCCAGAAGAAAGCAAAAAAAAUUCUACUCAGCAAUGAGAAAGAUUACUGAAAACCUGAGUUUCCAUAGUCCCCUACAGGGCAGUGUUAUUUAUGUAUAGAUAAGAAAACCAUACACGUUAAGCCAAAGAUUUUAUCUCUUUUCUUCCAGCUUUUAGUAUGAGGGAAUAAAAAGGUGUUAUAAAUACUUAUUUCAUAAAUCAGAAAGACCAGCUUCUAAAACAAGCGUCUGAAACCGCAAUGCAGUGACAUCAAUGUGCAGGUCAGGGCUGGUGAAGGGAACAGCAAAAUACUAGUUGCUGCAUGUCCUGAUCAAAACCAUUCAUAGUCAAUUCAGUUUUUUAAAAACUUGAAAUAAAGCUUUGUGCCCACAAUAUGCAACAUGAGUGUUAAUAGUUAAAAGAAUAUUCCCAAACCAAAACCUCACACUGUAAGGUUAACUCUUUUCCCACCUAUUUAUAAAAUAGUGUGUUUUUGGUACGGUCCGUAGUAAUGAUUGAAGGGCCUUGGAAAUAUGUCUGCUUGUUUAUUGAAGAAACAGUAUAACUAACUCUUCUUGUAAAGCCUUAUUAUUUUAUUUCACAGAACAGGGAUAUGUCUAGGAGUAUAAUGUGUGGAUGGUCGAGUUUGUAAGACUGAUCAUUAAAUAUCAAAAGUACUUAAGUCAUCUGAACAUGUGCUAAAAUGCAGAGAGAUAAAAAAUAGACAGCAAGCAUGUUAUAGCUGAAAAUUUUUGGGAAGGUGAAAGUUUCUUAUUAACUAAAAUAUGAAACAGAAGAGUGACUCGUGUCUUGCUUUAUUGUCUAGAGCAAGUCCUCUGAUGGAUGAAAUAAACCAGAGAACCAGUGUGUUCUAAUUUGGAUCAUCUGACACUUUUAGCACAGAAGCAUAAUUUCAAAAGAUCAGCUUGUAAAUUAAAGAUUUAGAAGAGUUGCAUGAAAUGAAGAAAAUUGUCUGUCCUUAGUAAAGACAUCUGAAUAAUCUUCUGUUUUUCCCAAAAUUCACUUAAAAGGAGGAUGGAGAAUUCUCAGAGCCUCUCUGACCAAUGGCAGUAACUUAACACAGUCCUCUACAUAUGUAUGGAUUUUUAUUUCAGAUUUAAAGAGUUCUUUGACUAAUCAGAAUGGUGUUUGUAGGUCUUUUGAGAUGAAGAAGAAUGUAUCUCUGUCUGCUCUUCUCCCGUGGUGGCCUGAUAAGGCUGAGAGAGGAAAAUAUGUGAGAUAGCCGAUCUUCCCCCUGUGCCAGGCCAUAGAAGUGUGUUUGUAAAGUCAACUGUAGGGUAGUAAAGUGUUGUUUCCCAUUAAUUAACUUAGCCUGUCCGGGUCAUAUUUAAACAUUCCCAAGGUACAGAGGGGUAUGUAGGAAGGAGUCUAAAAAAUGUAAUAUUUCAUUCUCCAAUUCUGUAGCUUUUCUAGAUCGAUUAGAGGGAGAAAAUGUAGAAAAUCAAGUAGAAUUUGGCCUUGGGUCAAUGUGUUAUAAAACUGUGUGAUCCAUGUAUGUACAUGUAUGUUUCUCAAAAAAACAUGAUAGAACCACAAUAUCACUGACAUCCUCAUCCAUAUUCUCUUCAUGAAAACCACCCACCAUGUGCAGCAGAAACUUCCCGCCUCCUUCUCCACUUCCUGUUCAUGCUACCCCCACCGCUGAGAGCCACUCUGUCUCAGAGCUAAGAUCAUGCGGGCCCUAAGGUCAGCAUCUAAGGAGUUCCCACUUCCAGAUUAAGUGAUAUGAAUGCUGAGAAUAGGAGAGCACCUGUCAGUGUUCUGGAUUAUUAAACUAAGUAUUGGAAGAAAUGCACGUGAUUUCCGCUUCACCCCAGGAUUUUAACAUCCAGCUCCUGCUAGGCUGCUAGACACAUGGUGUCCUGAGGUACCGUCAGAUAAUGAAACAGGCCUCUGACGAAUGUGAACUAGGAAUAAAGGUAGGCUCUCCGCAGAAAACAAGCAAUUGGGGGAGAGAAAUAACUCUUUAGUGGGGUACAGUCAGGUCACCUGUAGCCAGAAUGGUGGGUCAUGUCCUCAAAAUGUCCAGUUCUGUUUCCAAACUUUCCAUUCUGAGUAGUUGAUAGAGUUUGAAUCUGAGCAAACUGAAUGCUUGCAUCUUGGGUAGAAAGGGUCUGAAUCUUCCACUCUGUGUAUUUCAACCUUGUUGUUAUUUGGGCUGAAGUAAGAAAUCAUAUUUCAUUUCAGCGUACCUGAGUCUUCACAAAAGAGCUCUUCCAAGGGAACUUUAUGGACAUGUGUGAUUGUUCCCAGCCUGUUCAUGAUUUUUGCAUUGGUAGUUAUUUUUGUCCCCUUCUUGGAGGUUUUAAUGCCAAAGUUGCCUGAAUAUUUGAGUAUUUUUUCUUAAUUUAAAGUAUGAAAAGUAUACAGAAUAAUUCCGAAGGCAGUAAAUAAUUCUUUUUAUCAGUAUGUGUGAUGAUGUCAUUAUAUCCAAAGAGGCUUCAAGAAAUCCUUUGGAAAUGAGAGGUUAAAUGUUUACAUUUCACAUGCUGUUUGAGGUCUUGAGUCUAAUUAGCUUACUUUUUUACUUUCUUUUUUUUCUUUGUCUUUGGCUGAUUCCUGCCUUGUAGAUAAAUGUUAAUGGCCCUGACAUGUUUCUAAUGUUCAAAUAAGAAAAAAUCAAAUCAGAUCAAAGUCCGCACUUUCAUGCCGUCCAUGGAAGGAGUACUUGUCAAUCACAAUUUAUGCAAAGUGCAGCAAGAUAUUUUUUUUAAUGAAGUUAGUGUUGUCCCCAGAGUAGGUUUACGUCUCUCUUGGUAAAAUGAAAUUGUGCCAUACUCAAAUUACGAGGUAGUAAUUAGCAGUGGUUUACUGUGGCCACAUUUUAAUUCUUCAUAGGUACUAGUCCAGAAAAAAGCCCUGUGGUUUGCAUUUGUGUGCAUGGUCCCCUCCCGUCCCCUAGGGGGCGCUCGGUAGAUGCUGAGGCGGCUUGUCCACUCUGUGCUGUUGGGACCCCUCUAACAUAUGUUGCGAGGACGCAUACCUGAUGCUGGUUUCUAUGAAGGACAUUGUAUUAGAGAUAACUAGACACCGAAAGAAGAGCCUUAGUGUUUCCAAGCUGAGUUCAACCUGAAGCCUUGGAAAAGAACACAUUACCAAAUGGCCACCAGCCAAGACCCCAUCAGAUCAAAGACGUAAGUCUCUGCAGGCAGGUGGUACAUCAUAUGGGGUGUCCCCACAAGACAGCACGUUCCCGAGAGUGCCCAGGAAGGAAUGGGAGGGGACCGCCAGCCUGAGAUCUGUCUUACCUUCAUUCACAUUCCGUUACGGCUCCUGGGACUCUUAAUAAAAGGCAGCCAGAAUGUUGUCACUAACCUGCUAUCAAUUUCCCAGUAGACUUUGGAUCUGUUGUGUACCACAAUUCCAUUUUUCUUAAAAAAGUGCAGUGCCCAUGUGAGCCUGUUUUCCUUGGCACAAGUCCAUGAGAGCUUGGCUUCAUAUUUCAGUUAUGUUGCAUGGCCUGGAAACCAGGGAACAGUAGCUGUUGGUAUGAUUUCUAUGUUAAGUGAAAAAUUAGAUUUUAUAGAGAUGAUUUUUUUUUUAUUUUGGAUCUACAGUAAUUUUUUAAAACUGUCAUUGUAAAACAAACAAACAAAAAAAAAAUAGGAGUUUUUAAAGAUUAGUUGCCAAAGAGAAAUUAGCUCUGUAAUAGGAACAGUUAUGUGGUGAUUCUGGAACUUUGAGUUUCAUUAAUAUAAACAUGGAAAACACCUUCCAAGUUUGAUUUCCCAAAGUUUCCUAAAGUCUCUAAGCUCUAAGUUUCAUCACCUCUUUACCCACGUGAUCGGUGACCUCCAUAGACAUUUGGUGUCAUGCAAGGGGGAGGUGAUUAGUUUGGGGAUUUGAUGUUUUUCAUCUUGCAGUGAGAAAUAGAAUAGGUGACAAAACCUUACUCGUUAAGACAAUUCAGUACUUGAGCAUCUCUGUCAGAAACGGAAUGAUGUACUGUUAGCCAAUUAGAAUUACUUUAUGUAUUGUUAUUGUGUUUUGCUGAUUUUUAUAUGAAAAUAUAAUCAUUCUUGAUCUCUGGAAGCAAUCAUUGUGAUGAGGGUCAUUUUACUUUGGAAACACUUUCAUAAUAAAGAUAAGUAUUAAGAGUACAGUGUAAAUGCCCUUUUCUGUAAGCACUCCCACGCUUGUGUUGGUAAUAUGCCACGUCUUCCUGGACAAGAUUUAUUUCAGGGCUCACGGCAUCCUACGAGUUUCUUGUAAGCCUCUUCAAUUCCCAAUAGUCGCUAUGAUUACUAAAAAAGGAAUGUGAUAUUUAAACAUUAUAUAUAAUGUUAUAUUUCUACGUCACUUUGUUGAGAAUUUAGCUAAGCUGCUUGAUGGUGUUGUUGCCUCAGCAUCCCUUUUGUUUGCCAAACAGCCUGCAGGGACCAUCACUUGACACUAGCCCUUCAUGCAGGUGCAUGUUCUGAAUAGCAGCCCAGGGUCACAAGAAAAUGUAAGUCCCUGGUAUGACUUCCCCAGCGGCCCUUGUGAUCAACAGUCUCCCAGUGCUUGUAUGCCUUAUGCACCCCUUCGAUAAGACCCCGCCCCCCAGGGAGCUUACCAAAACCUCGCUCUUUGGACUCGAAUUGACCAAUCUAGCCAUAGCCCAGGGGCCCCAAUGCACUCCACCCACGGACCCUAAUAAAGGCAUGUGCCCCAGAUCCUGUCUCUUUCUCUCUGUCUGUAUCCUGCCUUGACCUCCCUGUGUGGCCCCUUUAGGUGUGCCAUGUACCACCCCUCCCCCAGGACCUGUGAAUA